AUGAGCUCUCCCACAACACUCGCUGUGCACCAUACAGCACCUCGCACGAGGCUCUCUCUCGAUAUCCAAUUAUACAUCAUCGAGACUUUGAUAAAGACAUACAAGGAAUCGGAGAAACCUCAUUUUCGCCUAUCAACCUUUGCUCGUGUAUCCAAAACGUGGCAAAUUGUUAUUGAAAAGGAAACAUUUAAGCAUAUAAUAAUCACAUCACGCGAUCUAGACUCCUUCAAGCAUCAUGUUCGAUCCUAUCGGAAACCACUUGUCAAGCACAUUCUUCUCGAGGUCUUAUAUAACUGUCCCCAUGGUGGCCACGAUGACCAGGUACAGUUUUCGAAAGCGGUACACGCUCUUUGGCGUAUUCUCUCAAGAUGGAAAACAAACCAUGUUACAGUGGAGCUGGGUAUCAUCUCUCCUACAGCAAGGAGCUUUAUGCAGCUGGAUGAUCAAUUCGGCUCCGGCCACAAUCGCCUCAACCCUUUUGCGAACCUUUCAUUACGCCAUGAGGAUCUCCACAUAUAUUGGGGCAUUCUUAGAGAGUAUUUCUUAGGGAGAGAACCUCUUAACUUCGACCGGACUUCCUUGCCGCAACGAGGGGCCACGAGUUUGCCUAACGUUGAUGCCAUCGCUGGGCUGGUUAUUCGAAGAAGAUAUCAUCCAAACAUCUCUCCAAUAACUCUCUAUGAGAUCAUCUCUUCUACUCCUUGUGUUGAAUAUAUUCACCUGGAGAGAUGGUGUUAUGGCAAUCCAGAUCAAGACGGAAAGUGGGAUUUCACUUUCCAGCGGUCAGGGUUUCUAGUGCCACAUUCAACAAAACGGUUGACCUAUUUUGGAGAAUUCCAUACCGCAUACCACCAGCGAGCUGGGGCAAUGGUACUACCACGAUCGAACAAAACCCUUCUGGACUCAAUCUUCCACGCCGCGGAUCGCCUUGAGCAUAUUGCAGUUUUAUAUGCUUUCGAUGCACGAACGUUCUUUGAUCGGCUCAGAGAAACGGAGUUCAAAGCAUUGAAGACUCUCGCACUUACAUCUUCUUUCGAUAACACCACUGAGGAUCUCUUUAUUAAUGCUGCAGAAGCAGUAAAGAAAAUGCAUGCUCUCAAGAUUCUGGAGAUCUGGAAUUUCGAAGGUGGUCAAGCUGACGUUUUCCGCUACGUGAGGCUGGACCGAUACCAGGGUCAAAUCACUUGGCAGAGCACCAAGGACCGCGAGAUCUCUUCGACUGUGGAAAGGAGUUGGAGAAAUCUGUUGAGGAGAGGCCAGUUUGGGUUCGAUGUCAAAUGUAGCAAUUUUCCGAUGGAGAUGGAAAGUCUUCAUGAUCUUCUCCCCCAUCUAAAGUUGGGGGAGCAAAUUCUUCGUAAUGUCACACAACGGUAGACAUGGGUCUGAAAGCCUAUAAUCACCACAGAGAACUCGGUUAGAAACUCCUACCUGUACUGGCUUCUUCAAGUUACUGUUUUCUGCGGUAUCACUGCGCAAUAAAAUUGUCACUGAGUUCUUUUUGUUCCAAACGAUGUUUGCAUAUCAUGUAUUAAUGACUAUACUGAC